AUGGAUCAUGGAUCCUCAAGAAAAUCCUUGCUUCCAUGCCUUUAUUCACUGUCCGCUUCAAUCCUAAAUACACAGUCAGCAGUGGUGCUUUUGGUUUUUCGAUCCUUCAUUCCCUACGAACCACCUAUACCCUACACGAGUAAGGUGAAGCUCCAAAUUUGGGACACUGCUGGUCAGGAGCGGUUCAGGACCAUCACCAGUGCAUACUAUCGAGGAGCUGAUGGCAUCAUCUUGGUCUACGACAUAUGUGACCGUGAGUCCUUUACACAUGUGGAAGAAUGGCUGAAUGAGGUCAACAGAUAUGUGAAUGAAAGCACCUCCAAAAUUCUCUUGGGCAACAAGUGUGACCUGACAGCGGAGAGGCAAGUGUCCACAGAAGAGGCGCAGAAAAAAGCAGAGGAGCUUGGCAUUGCCUUCAUCGAAACCUCUGCCAAAGAUGCUACCCAUGUUGAGCUGGCCUUCCAAAUGAUGUCCGCUGAGCUAAUUAAAAAGCGUGAGAAGCAAACGGCUAGACCCACCGGAGACGUCGGCUUGGGUCGUCCACGCGCUUCCAGCGCGACCUGUACAUCUUGUCCCGGGAACUAG